UCAACCACCGCAAGAAAAGCUUCUUCUUGGACCGUCAGCCAUAAAUUCAUAUGGUUUUAAUGAAAAUUAAGACAUAAGAAAUCUGUCAUUCUGACACCUCCUUUUUAUUUAUUUUGCUUGCAAUUCUGGUUAAGCCUUGGGCAGCUGGUGCCCCUCAUUUUUUUUCCCACAUCUCUAUAAAGUCACCAAAAGGAGAUAGAGACUGCAAACCUAUUGUGUAUAUAAAAGAGUUAAUGUGUCUGCUUUGUGCUAAAGAAAUUGGAAUCAAGAUCAAGUUAGAUAUAUAUCAGUUUGAGGAAGUUGGACAUUCAACUACAGUGGGGCGGCUGGGAUAUGGCUUAUUCCGAGGAGAAUACCAAAACAAAAGUUGGUGAAGACGACCAAAACAUAAUCCUCAACCCAGAAUUCGAUGAAGGCCUGAAUAAUUGGUCUGCAAGAGGAUGUAAGAUUCUUCUGCACGACUCCAUGGGAGAUGGAAAGGUGCGUCCUCUGACUGGAAAAUUCUUUGCUUCUGCAACUGAGCGCACAGAAAACUGGAAUGGGAUUCAGCAAGAGAUAACAGGCAGAGUGAAGAGAAAGCUAGCUUAUGAGGUCACUGCAGUUGUUAGGUUAUUUGGCAAUUCUAAUCCAUUUGAUGUGCGAGUUUCGUUAUGGGUGCAAACACAGAGUGGACGUGAACAAUACAUUGGUAUUUCUAAUGUGCAGACGACAGACACAGAUUGGGCGCAGUUGAAAGGGAAAUUUCUGAUUAGUAGUGUUAUUUCGAGGGCGGUAAUAUAUCUUGAAGGCCCACCGCCGGGAACUGAUGUCCUUUUGAACAGUUUUGUGGUUAAACGUGCAGAGAAGCUGCCACCUUCUCCUCCUCCUGAUACUACGGGUGUCUUGUAUGGAGUAAAUAUAAUCACCAAUAGCAAUCUCAACGAUAGCUUAAAUUGUUGGUUUCCUCUUGGUCCAUGUACUUUGGCCAUCGCCAAUGGAGCACCUCUUCUUCUACCACCAAUGGCAAAGGAAUCAUUAGGAAGCUAUGAACAAUUAAAUGGUAACUAUAUUCUUGCCACUAAUCGUUCCCAAACUUGGAUGGGGCCAGCUCAGAAUAUCACCAAUAGCCUGAAGAUCCAAGUGACAUAUCAAGUAUCAGCCUGGGUUAGAAUUGGUUCAAAUAAAAGUGGCCCACAAAAUAUCAAUGUUGCUCUUGGUGUUGAUAGUGAAUGGGUGAAUGGUGGCCAAGUGGAAGCUGUUGACGAUAGAUGGUAUGAAAUCGGUGGAUCAUUCAGAAUGGAGAAGUUAAAAUCUAGAGUUAUUGUGUAUGUUCAAGGUCCUUCUCCAGGUAUUGAUUUGAUGGUUGCAGGUUUACAAAUUUUUCCAAUUGACAGGACAUUAAGAUUCAAACAUCUAAAUAAUCAAAUUAACCAGGUGAGAAAGCGAGACAUUAUUCUGAAAAUUUCUAGAGCAGAUGCCAAGGACAUCCCGGAAACAAUCAUAACAGUUAAACAGAUAAAGAACAGUUUCCCAAUUGGGUCAUGUAUCAGUAGAAUGGACAUUGAUAAUGAGGACAUUGUCAACUUCUUUUUGAAUAAUUUCAACUGGGGAGUUUUUGGUAAUGAACUCAAGUGGUACUGGACAGAGCCACAACAGGGAAAUUUAAACUACACCGAUGCUGAUGAUCUUUUGGAUUUUUGCAACAAAAAUGGAAUUGAUGUUAGAGGCCACUGCAUCUUCUGGGAAGUUGACUCUGCUGUGCAGCCAUGGGUGAAAGCUCUAAGCACAAAUGACCUGAAAGUUGCAGUUGAAAAUCGCAUAACCGGUCUCAUGUCGAGGUACAAAGGAAAGUUCAAACACUAUGAUGUUAACAAUGAAAUGCUUCAUGGUUCUUUCUAUCAGGACAAAUUAGGAAAAGGUAUAAGAGCAAAUAUGUUCAAGAGUGCCAGUCAGUUGGAUGCCACUCCUAUAUUAUUUGUAAAUGAUUAUCACAUUGAGGAUGCAACUGAUGCUCGAGCAUUUCCUGAGAAGUAUAUUCAACAAAUUCUUGAUUUACAGGAGCAAGGAGCAACUAUUACAGGUGUAGGUGUACAAGGACAUAUUGAUAAUCCAGUAGGGCCAAUAGUGAGUCAAGCAUUAGAUAAACUAGGAGUUCUUGGCCUUCCAAUCUGGUUUACUGAGCUUGAUGUUUCAGCAGAAAAUGAGUAUGUUCGAGCCGAAGAUUUGGAAGUGAUGCUCAGAGAAGCAUAUGCUCAUCCAGCCAUUGAGGGAGUUAUGCUUUGGGGUUUCUGGGAAUUGUUCAUGAGUAGAGAGAAUGCACAAUUGGUUAAUGCUGAAGGUGAUAUAAAUGAAGCAGGAAAGAGGCUUCUUGCUUUGAAGGAAGAAUGGCUUUCCUAUGCUCAUGGAAAAAUUGAUGAUCAAGGGGAGUUUAAAUUCAGAGGAUUUCAUGGCACUUAUAGUGUAGAUGUUUUUGCUUUUGGGAAGAAGUUCUCUCAAACAUUCAGUGUUGAUAAAGGAGAUUUUCCUUUGGUAGUGAACGUCAACUUGCAGAGUGAAGAAUUAUUCAUUUUGAAAGGCGUACCUGGAGAGAACUAUUAGGAAUUUUGCACAAAAGAUAAUUUGUUGUUGAUUAACUUAAUAUCCAUAAAAUCAAUGAUGUUUAAUAUGAACUUAAAUAUUAUAUAUAA